AUGUAUGUAGGACAGGGUGCUCAGGCACUCUUUGUACUUUCCUAUAAGGAUGUGAAGAACAAGGAUGUUGCGACAGGAGCUGUGGGGUUUUCUUCAGCUUUUAUAGCCUUUUCCACUACGCCUCAGCUGGCUCAGAAAAUCAAGAUGUACUUUGCUUUAGCACCUGUGGCCACGGUUAUAUUUGUUCGAAGUCCAUUGAAAAAGCUUGCAUUCUUUUCUGACUAUAGGCUUAAGGAGAUGUUUGGCACCAAACAGUUCCUACCACACACUGCCUUGUGUGAGCUGGUCCUUUGCAAAUUGCCUGCUCGGAAGACCUGCAAGAGCAUCUUGUCUAUGCUCUUUGGAUUUUACUGGAAGAACAUAAAUGUGAGCCGAGUACAUGUGUACACGGCACACUCCCCAGUGGGGACUUCAGCAAAUGUAAUCCACUGGUUGCAGGGAGUUCAAAGUGGUACACUGAGAGCUUAUGAUGGGGGGAGCACGUGUAACAGUCCUCACUAUAGACAAAUGGGUCCGCCGCUCUAUGAUUUGAAGGACAUGAAAGUGCCGACAGCCAUCUGGAGUGGCAGAGUGGACUGCCUGGCUGAUUCCCAGGACAUUGCCCUCCUGCUCCCCCAGAUCAGGAACCUGGUCCACCACAAGGUGAUUCCCCAGUGGAACCACCUGGAUUUCCUACUGGGGCUUGAUGCAACCGAGGUUUUGUACCAGGAAAUCGUUGACAUGAUGAAGAGACAUCCAUAA